AGGACCGAAGGUGGGGCACCAGCCCGGGGCGCCCUGAGUCACUGCCCCGCGGCUCUAAGGAACGGGGCCCCCGGGCUGGGUUGGAGUUGGGUUGGCGCUGGGAGCGGAGGCUGGCGGGGGAGGGGCGGGGGGCUGCGGGAGGGGCGGGGCGGAGUGGAGUCCGCCCCCAGCGCGCGGGCCCAGAGCUCAGUCGCAGCCGCCUCCAGCAGCCGCGGCCCCACUACUCUGCUGCCAGCACAGCGCCCGACGGCGGCACCCCCUGGAAACCCCCCAGGUACCCCAGGCCCCCAGCCCCGAGUUUGCGCGGGCAGCGGCCCCUGAGAGCCCGGCCCCGCCGAGACCGCGGCACCUGGACAGCAAGACCCCGGGGCGCUCACCCGACCCGCAGCCACACGGGGCCCCUACCUGGACCCUGGGCUCCCCGGACCCUCGGACCCUCGGAUUCCAGAGCCCGGCCGCUGGACUUCGGGCGCCCUUGCCCCGGCCUCGGACCCCGGACUCCGGAUUCCCUUCUUCCGGACCUCCGACGCACCGGCCUCGGACCCCGGACCCGGCAACCCGGCAACGCGGCCGGCGGCGCAGCGGCGGGACCAACAGGUGAGCGCGGGUGCUCGGCGUGGUUGCAGCAGGGAGCCCCAUUUUGGAUGCUAACAGUCCCUGGGACCUUCCUGUGGCCCCAGGGAGGACUGAGGUCCAUCAUGCCCAGUCUGCUGCUACUGGCUGCCUUGCUGCUGUCUAGCUGGGCCCAGCUGCCAGCUGAAGCCAGCUCCUGGUGGUCCUUAGCCAUGAGCCCCAUGCAGAGGCCUGAGCUGUUCAUCAUAGGUGCCCAGCCUGUUUGCAGCCAGCUUCCCGGGCUCUCCCCUGGGCAGAGGAAGCUGUGCCAGCUGUACCAGGAGCACAUGACCUUCAUUGGGGAAGGAGCCAAGACGGGCAUCAAGGAAUGCCAGUACCAGUUCCGGCAGAGGCGGUGGAACUGCAGCACUGUGGACAACACAUCUGUCUUUGGGAGAGUCAUGCAAAUAGGGAGCCGGGAGGCAGCUUUCACUUAUGCUGUGAGUGCAGCUGGGGUGGUGAACGCCAUCAGCCGGGCCUGCCGGGAGGGUGAGUUGUCCACCUGUGGCUGCAGCCGGGCAGCUCGUCCCCGGGACUUGCCACGGGACUGGCUGUGGGGAGGCUGUGGCGACAACGUGGAGUAUGGUUACCGCUUUGCCAAGGAGUUCGUGGAUGCCCGCGAGAGGGAGAAGAACUUUGCCAAGGGGUCAGAGGAGCAGGGUCGGGUGCUCAUGAACCUGCAGAACAACGAGGCUGGUCGGAGGGCUGUGUAUAAGAUGGCAGAUGUGGCCUGCAAGUGCCACGGUGUCUCAGGGUCCUGCAGUCUCAAGACGUGUUGGCUGCAGCUGGCAGAGUUCCGCAAGGUGGGUGACCAGCUGAAGGAGAAGUAUGACCGUGCAGCAGCCAUGCGCAUCACCCGCAAGGGCAGACUAGAGCUGGUCAACAGCCGCUUCACCCAGCCCAGCCCAGAGGAUCUGGUGUAUGUGGAUCCUAGCCCGGACUACUGCCUGCGCAACGAGACCACUGGCUCCCUGGGCACACAGGGCCGCCUGUGCAACAAGACAUCAGCAGGCAUGGACGGCUGUGAGCUCAUGUGCUGUGGGCGUGGUUAUGACCAGUUCAAGAGUGUGCAGGUGGAGCGCUGCCACUGCAGGUUCCACUGGUGCUGCUUCGUCAGGUGUAGGAAGUGCACCGAGACUGUGGACCAGUAUGUCUGCAAAUAGCCCACUCUACCCUGUCCCACUCCACCCUGCUCACAAAGCCUAUACUAUACAGAUUAUAUGAGUCUAUUUUAAAUGUGUAUAGAUGGGUGGAUGAAUACUAACUAAUUCAGAGGAGAAGAUGCAAAGGAGAAGCUUAUUUAAGAGACACUGGAAAUCUCUGAGGAUUUGCUGGUUCUCUGCUCCCUGUGGGAGGAGGAAGAAGGGACUUUUGUUUGUUUGUUUGUUUGUUUUUUAUUCCUUUUGGCAGGGAGGUUCAGGAUGUGGGGACUUGGGAAUGUUCACUGUCUGCCAUGGCCUUAAGCACAGAGGGCGUGGUUAGAUGGAGAAGAUCAUCAUCUGGAGUCUGCUGGUAAGUGACCCCAGCCUUUAGGCCAAGAGGCCUCAUGGGAGGCGGCAGGAAUUCAGCUAAAAUCUUGAUGUCAUCAGGGAGUCACUAGGUUAUCAAUCUGUACAGUGAAAAGUGUGGUGCUUCUUCACAGACAAACCUCUCCUUGGAUUCAUACGCAAUCCUGCCGGCUCUGCCCUUCCCUGACACACACACGACUCCUUCCUCUAACAGAAUGUUGGCUCCAGGCCAUCUCUGGUCCUGCACCACUCCAGGAGUUGUCCCUCCUCCACAGCUCCCUGCACUAAAGAGAAAGAGGAGUAUGAUGUUUUAGGAAGGACAUUGACUGAAUGUGUGUGCCUGAGCUGCUGGAGAGCCAGGCGGAUAGCUGACUGAGAGAAUGUUCCACUGUAUACUCCCACACAAGGAGAAGAAACUUGCGAUGCUGCUGCUGUUACUUCCUCCAUCACAGGAGGCUUCAUGCUCAUAGGAUGUGUAGCUAGGUCAGGUCCAGCUGGCCUGGCCUCAUCUCUUCAUCUCUGCCCCAGAUGUAUAGUUUCUCUCUGACAUUAAAUACCUGUCACUGAA